AUGACUGCUAGUAACCCCUCCAAAAACUCCCCUGCAGAGAUUUUACCUCCUAUUACAACCUCUUCUCCUCUCUUCAUCCUUUCCCUCCCCUUCAGUGCUGGCACACAACUUCAGUCCCCACAGGGGCUCUUGGCCAAACACAAAAACAGCAUUUUUGUCAAUAAAGGGGGCAGUGGCACCUCAAGGUCACCACGUGUACAUGUUGACUUAAGUCUGGUCCUUUGCGUCACCCUCCUAGAUCCCAGCAGGCUUAUAAAGAGGGACACACACAAGCGCUCAAACACACUCGAUUUUUUUUUCUCCUCUGAGACGAAAACCAGAACCACAGCAAAGAUGAAACUGUACCUUGCCAUUGCCGUGCUGAUGCUGGCAUUCGUCGCUUACACAGAGGCUCAGGAGGAGACCAUCGAGGAGAAGUUCACCAAGUUUGGUCAGCAGAUGUCUGAGAUGAGCAAGACCUUUGCUGAGAAGGCCAAGACUACCUUUUCAGACAUCCACAGCAGCGACUUUGCAGUCUCCACCAAAUCCUGGCUUGAGGAGCAGUUAGAGAAGCUGAAGACCAAGUUUCAGGAAAUCUCCCAGUAGACAAGAUGACAAGAUAUCUGACUACCUACAAUCACCCCUACAACCCCCCUCUAACAGCUGACCUCUUCACUUUGACCCUCAUAUCAGGACGCUGACAUGUCACACACACAUUGCUCUGCUGACCAGAAAAAAUGGUUAUGUGUCCUCUUUGUGAAGAGAUGUUUUAUUUGUAAUUUGAGUAUUAUUGAAGCAAUAUGAAAAAAGCACAGUGAAGACAUUCAAAAAUAAAAAUGUUUUUUAUAAAAAUUCUGUGGUACUAUACAUAUUUCUUCAUUUAAUGCAAAUAACUUUUAAUUGUACUGAAUAAAUGAAUGGAGAUGUCUGUUAAAUAUGUCUAAUACGAAUAAAUGAAGAGUUCUGGUCUAUGAA